AUGGCGAAUGCAAGACUAGCAAGGUUCAUCACUGAAGUUGCACCGCCACAAUUUGUGAGUGUGAUGAGGCAAGGAACUUCAAAGGUGUUGGAUACAAUUAAUGAGGAGGAGAGAGAAUAUGUUCAUACCCCAAAUGAUUCUCUCCCUUCAUCAUCAUCCAACAGGUUUGCUCGUUCCUCUUCAUCGUCAUCGUCGGCACCAAGUUUCGCUUCUGCUUCUGCCUCCGGUGCCGAGUCAAAGUACUUUCUCAGGAAAGUUCGUAGGUCUUUGUCCGUGUUGGGAAACUAA